AUGAAGAGGACCCUUCUUUUGGUGUUUAUCCACGGUUUCAAGGGCGGAGACGAUACAUUUGGAAGCUUUCCUGCCCAUUUGCGCGCUCUUGUCAGCCAUGCGCUACCAGAUGUCGAGGCCGCAUCGGUUGUAUACCCCAAGUACGAGACGAAGGGUGACUUAACUGAAUGCGUAGCGAAAUUUCGAGAAUGGCUCCAAAAUGUUGUUAUCGAUAUCGAAGUCGCCAAUGAAGCCCCUUCGCCCACCGUCGAUCCAUCCGUGCAUGUCAUCUUGAUCGGCCAUUCGAUGGGCGGGAUUGUUGGAGCGGAGACCCUCAUCCUCCUAGCAUCUGAGCAACUUUUACCCACGCCAUCAAAACUUUCAUCCUCGAGGACGUCGUCUUCGACUGAGGGCAAGUCCGUAGAACCCAACACCUUCAUGUUCCCCCAUAUCCAAGGUUUACUUGCAUUUGAUACCCCGUUUCUCGGUAUCGCACCGGGAGUUGUCUCCUACACCGCUGAAAAUCACUAUAAAACAGCCACCGCUGCCUAUGGGGCGAUUUCAGAAGUAGCUGGUGUGUUUGGUUGGGGAGGUGCGAAGAAAGGGGAGACUAAGGCCGGAAGCUCCCCGACAACCGAUGAAAACACCAAGUCUUCUCUCCCAGCCCUCCCCCCUACAACGAAUUCUCCUAGCAUGACAUCUCCUACAGAUGAUGCUGCCGCGACACCGUCGUGGCAGCGCUGGGGUCGCUACGCUAUGUACGCGGGAGCAGCAGGGGCUGUUGCGGCCGGCGGAGCCGCUGCACUAUACUCCCAACGCGACAAAUUUUUGGGAGGUUGGAGCUGGGCAACCUCGCAUCUAGAGUUUGUAGGGUGCCUCACGCGCCCUGACGAGCUACGGCGACGUAUCUGGUCGAUCGAGAAGCUGCAGCAGGAGCGAGGAAUCGGUUGCGGAGAGUUUUAUACGUGUUUGGGGCAGGGCGCAGUGGCCGUUCCAGCAAACAGCGGCAUCAACAAGCCUUCUCCGGCUUCCUCCCUAAGUCGGUAUAUAUUGCGCUCAAAGCUGCGGACAUUCUGCAACAUCCCGGCUGAUGUUGACGAGAGUGAUCAUAAAGCCGAUGACAAGGUCACCUCCAGUAAUACAUGUGGGAUCCAAUGGAUCAAAGCCAUAAAUGAUAAGGCAACCGAUGAAACGAAGGCGCAUAUGAGCAUGUUUUCUCCCAGGGAAAAUCCGUCUUUCUAUGACCUAGCGCAGCAGGCCAGCGAGCUGCUCGUUCGAUGGAUCGAUCGAGGUUGGUACCUGAAUGCCAGUCGUACCAGCGGUGGUGGUAGUAGAAGUAUUGAUCGAGCCAGCAGUGGCGAUGAGUCAAAUUCCGGCGGUGAAAAAGGGCGGGGGUUUACGGAUGCUGAUGAUGAUGUUGUUCUUGUGGAUUAG